GGACGUGCAGAGGGGGAGAGAGAGAGAGAGAGAGAAUGUACCUGAAGAAGCCGUUUUGGAGUGAUGGUCUGAACUCGAAUUCGCAGACUCAGUCGGAAUCGCCAGUGUCAGAGCUGGUGAACGCGCUGGAUAAGCAGAGACUCUACAGAGAGGUCACUCUCGCACUCCGAACUGGACUCAGAGACGCACGUGCCGAGUUCUCGUUUCUCCGCGUCCGUGGCCUUAAAAGUAUACUCAAGUUCCUCCGAUCUGUUGCCGAAUCUGACUCCACCAUCAAUCUCUUCUGCCAUAGCCAAUCCAUUACUGACCUUCAAGUGAUUCCAGUUCUGUUUGAGCACUCGUUGAAAGAGUCGGAGGAUCAGAGGGUAGCAGAUCUGAAUCAUAUAUUCACUGUUGAACCCUUGAAGAUAACUAGUCCUUCAACUGAUUCUGAAGUUGCGCUUGCACUUCGAGUUUUAGAAGGAUGUUGUUUGCUUCACAGAGAAAGCACAAUUUUGGCCCAUCAACACAAGGCAAUUCCGGUUUUAAUGAAUAUUUUAUCAACUCGAGGAGUACUUGAGCAAGGUGCAUGCUUAGAUGCUUUAAUCUCAAUAAUGCUAGAUUCAUCAGCCAAUCAAAUGGAUUUUGAGGCAUGCAAUGGCAUUGAGGAAGUAGCUAUACUCAUAAGGGACAAACAAGUUGAUGAGAAUCUAAGGCUGAAAUGUGGGGAGUUUUUGCUGCUGCUCAUUGGACAUGUCAAUGGGAGAGAAAGGGCUCCCAUGGCAACAAUACAUGAAGACGUCAGGCGGUUCUUGGGCGAAAAAUCUGCCUCCUUGAUUUGGGCUGCCAGCCAAUUUGGCUCAACCCUUGAUCCAGAGCAAAGACUCACUGCUCUGCAUAUUCAAGCACGCAGGGUUCUUGAGUCACUCGAUCUAUACUGAAUACAAGCAUAUGAAAAUGGUUUCAGCUCUGCCGUUUCUCGGGCAGUCCCCAAUAUUCUCCAGAAUACAAACAGGCUAGGUCCUUUUCUAGUGUAGAUUGAAUAGGGUGAUUGUGUAAUUGCUUGAUUGGACAACUAUGACUAGGAGCAGCAAAAAUUUAUGCUAAUCUUGUUCCAGUCUCAUAUGAAUUGUUAAGUUAUCCAAAAUGUCAUAUAUCUCUUGUGCUCGCUUGUGAGAUCUGUCACAUGCUACAAAGAUAUGAAUCUCAUCCGUGUCUUCAAUCCAACUGCAUCCGGGAUUUUUG